UUUGCAUACGAGAGGUCAUGUAGCAGGCCCAAACGAGGAAACAUACAACACCACGCGCAGUAGUAUAGUGAGGAAGGAAGGAUAUGUUCUCUACGGAUUUUCUCCGCUAUCAUGGCUAGUAACGGACACAGUGGCCCUAUGAAAGUCAGACUUACAGUUCUCUGUUCUAAGAACCUAGCUAAAAAAGAUUUCUUUAGGUUACCAGAUCCUUUUGCCAAAAUAAGUGUUGAUGGUUCAGGGCAGUGCCACUCAACAGAACCUUGUAAAAAUACUCUUGAUCCUAAGUGGAACCAACAUUAUGACUUAUAUAUCGGCCAAAAAGAUUCUGUUACCAUAAGUAUUUGGAACCAUAAAAAGAUCCACAAGAAACAAGGUGCUGGCUUCUUAGGAUGUGUACGAAUCACUUCACAUACUAUCCAACAGUUGAAAGACACUGGCUUUCAACGGUUGGAAUUACAGAAAAGAAAUGCAGAUGACCCUGAUCAAAUGAAAGGCCAGAUUAUCAUAAGCCUAAUAUCCAGAGACAAAGGUAGUUCAGCCCCUGCUAUCACUGACACACCUUCUAUUCAGCCAGUUAUACUAAAUGACCCCAAUGAACUUCCUGAUGGCUGGGAAGAAAGGACAACUGCCGAUGGUAGAGUUGAGUUUGUCAACCAUGUUACAAGAACAAUUCACUGUGAGCGACCUACAAGGCCCGCCUCGGAAACCCCAUCCAAACGUUUAUCAACUGCCGUGAUCGCAGAUCCAGCUGUGGUCAUGUCUCCCGAUAAAGAGAACACUGGCAACGUCAGAAGUAGUAAUAGCCAAAAUACCAGUAAUACUGGUGGCAGUAAUAGCAGCAGCAGUAACUGUACAAGUGUAAACCACAGCUCGUCAACAAACAACAACAACAGUAGCAGCAGUAACAACAACACUCCUUCUAUAGCAACAAACAAUAACAACAGAAUGAGCAGUAGCAACAACUCUGGUGGUGAUGGCAAUAAUAGUUCGGGUAUGUUCUCCAGAAGGCGGUCUACGCGGCACCGAAAUUACUUGAAUAGAUCCCAGCUCCAUAAUACUCUCGAACUGCCUGGAGGAUAUGAGCAACGAACAACACAACAGGGUCAAGUUUAUUUUCUACAUACACGAACUGGAAUUAGUACAUGGCAUGAUCCCAGGGUUCCAAGAGAUCUUACAAAUGUGUCUGAAGAAGAACUAGGUCCGUUGCCACAAGGCUGGGAGAUUAGAUACACAGGAGCAGGACGCAUGUAUUUUGUGAACCAUAUCAAUAGAACGACACAGUUCACUGAUCCUCGCCUCUCAGCCAAUAUUGGAUUGAUACAACAGAAAAUGCAAAUUGCUGAUAAAGAGAACAGUGCGCCUGGGCCUUUACCAAAAUAUAAGCGAGACCUUGUCCAAAAGCUGAAAGAGUUACGACGUCAACUUAAUGAUCUUCAACCUCAGGCUGGUCAUUGUCGAUUGGAAGUAUCAAGAGAAGAAAUAUUUGAAGAAUCUUAUCGGCAAGUCAUGAAAAUGAGGUCUAAAGAUUUACGAAAACGAUUAAUGGUAAAGUUUCGAAGUGAGGAAGGCUUAGAUUAUGGGGGUGUUGCUAGAGAAUGGUUAUAUCUAUUAUCUCAUGAGAUGCUUAAUCCAUAUUAUGGAUUGUUUCAGUAUUCAAGAGAUGAUAUAUAUACUUUACAAAUAAAUCCAGAUUCUGCUGUCAACCCUGAACAUUUAUCCUACUUCCAUUUUGUUGGAAGAAUCAUUGGUAUGGCAAUAUUUCAUGGUCACUACAUCGAUGGAGGAUUCACCAUGCCGUUUUAUAAACAGCUUCUGGGAAAACCUGUCACAUUAGAUGAUUUAGAAAGUGUUGACCCAGAACUACACAGAAGCCUUGUUUGGAUCCUAGAGAAUAAUAUCGACAGUGUUCUGAACCAGCCUUUUUGUGUGCAGCAUAAUUCCUUUGGGCAAGUACAAGAAUAUGAACUGAAACCUGGAGGAAGAGACAUAGAAGUUACAGAAGAAAAUAAAAGAGAAUAUGUUAGGCUCUAUGUAAAUUGGAGAUUUAUGCAAGGAAUUGAGGCACAGUUCUUAGCUUUACAAAAGGGCUUUCACGAAUUAAUCCCACAGUCAACUUUGCAGCUAUUUGAUGAACGAGAACUAGAACUUGUGAUAGGUGGACUUGGUAAGAUAGAUGUGGAAGACUGGAAGAUGCACACCAGGUUGAAACAUUGUACUUCAGAUUCCAAUAUUGUCAAAUGGUUCUGGAGAGCUGUAGAAGGCUUUGAUGAUGAAACUAGGGCUCGAUGUCUCCAGUUUGUUACUGGAAGUUCACGAGUUCCUCUACAGGGUUUCAAAGCUUUACAAGGAUCAACUGGUGCUGCUGGUCCGAGGCUGUUCACAAUACAUCAAGUUGACACCAGUACAGAUAAUUUACCAAAAGCACACACAUGUUUCAAUCGUAUAGAUAUUCCACCUUAUGAAGAUUAUGAAAAAUUCUUAAGUAAAUUGACUUGCGCAGUUGAAGAAACAUGUGGUUUUGCAGUGGAAUAAAACAAAACAUUAAAAAAAAAUUAAUUCAUAGAACAGUGUUGGGGUUUUGGCCAGCUUUUCUGCUCUUUGUGUGCCAAAGGGGAAAAUAGUUUUCGACAGAAAAGCAAUACUUGUUUUUUUUUUUUCUUUUAUACAAAAGGCUGUUAUUUUUUUGCAAGUUAACCUCAGUAUAUUAUGUCCGUUUGGAAGGUCACUAAUUUGAGGGCUCUAAACAUUUGGGUUAAACAACACCCUUGCAAAUUGCAUCACCUUUUGUCCUUGCUAAACAAUGGCCAGUUGAGUUUUUGUUUCCUCAUCUUCAAAGAACCAUCUUUGGUCAAGAUGACUGACUGUACAUAGUUUAUCAUUGUGAAAUGUGGUUUCAUGGUUUCUUACUCAAAUGUAAGUGUCUAUGAGUUAACAUUACCUCCACAUUCAGAAGUGAAAAUUACACUACAUCUAUACAUGAAAGUGAUAUUGUAUGUUCACAGGGCAUGUGUGUGUAUGUGCAUGCACGUAUGUAGGUUUUUGUAUGUGUGUAAUGUAUGUUCACAGGGUAUAUGUGUAUGUAUGUGCAUGCACAUAUGUAGGUUUAUGAACAAGAGUGCAUGUGUGUGUGUGUGUGCAUAUGUUGUGUGUUACGUAUGCUAAAUAGGCAUUUUCACUGUAAGCAAGCUGUUUGAUUGUAUUCUCAAUCAUGAUGACUUGACCUAAAGCAACCGUAAGAGUGGUAUUUCAAAAAUAAAAAAAGUGUGAUACCCACGAUGUUUUUUUUUUUUAAUCAUUCUCUUUUCAGUCCCAAAUAUCAUAAAAGAUUGCAUAAAAAAUUUCUCCUCAGCUAGUUACUUAACUUAUUGAGUCGAAAGUGUAGACUAAGAAAAAUGGAAAACAAGAAAUAUAAUGAAAGAAACCUGGAACUAAUGACGGACAAAGUUUUGGAUUUGGUGAAUGGCUACGAAAACUCUUCCUAAAACACUUCCUAAAUCCCUCUCUCUCUUUCUCUAAAAUAACCAAAAAAAAAAGCAAUCAAAUUUUAAAAAAAACAAUUAUUCACGCAAUUACUUUGAUCAUUGCAUAUUUUAUGUUAGGUAUAAUUUUAAAUUUUAUUUCUUCACCUGAAACAAAAUUUACCAAUCACCACCACCACCACCACCGCUUGGAAAUAUGCAGAAGUUUCUGAACCAUUUCCAAUUACUUUUCCUGUUGUAAAAACCUAUUUAUGUAAAACAAAACACCAAAAAAAAAAAAAGUACUUUAGGAUUUUCUUUAUUGUUUUAAGUUGUUUACCCACUUCUGCCAUUUCUCUUCUACGUUUACCUGUCAGUGGUUUUAUACUGACUCCUCUUUUACCUCAUCUUCUGAUUUAUUAAACCUUCAGAAAUUAUUAUUUGUUAAAGUGUAUGUGUAAAUGUUGGUUAAAUACCAAUUGUAUGAAAAAUGUAAUUUUAUGAACAUGCAAAGAAAACAAUCUGCCAAAAACAAAAAGUUAUAUUAGGUUUGUUUUUUUUUUAAUGUCUUUGCAUUUAUCAAAAAUUAUUCUCGUUUUUAUCAGCCUAUGGAAUAAAUCAUUAAUGUGAUCUUUUAUUUUUAACGACGGCCUGAUCCUCUGUUUACUGAUAUUACUAGAUUUUUUUUUUUUUUUUUUUAUAUACAUCAUAUACAUAUAUGCACAACAAUUUAAAUGGUGCCACAUAAAUGUCAUUGCUGGUAAGACUUUUAUACUCUCUCACUCUGUCACAUCCGAACUCACUCCUAAUAAUGAAUCACUGCAGCCCGUAUCAGAAAUACAGGCAUGGAGUUCUCUAUAUAAUAGAGUAAAAAAAAAAUAAUUAAAUAAAGGAAAUGCUCACCAGUAAAAUAUACUAUUUUGAAUAAUUAAGAUGUGGUGUAAAUCAUUACAGUAAUCAAAAUAAUUGAAUCUGCUGGAAUUUCAGAUUCAGUCCACCGUUUGUCUAGCAAUGGAGUGUGCCUGCAUGUACGUACGUAUGUAUGUGAGUGUGUGCAUGUGCGUGUUCAUACAUCUGAGAGAAUGUACUCCAACCGACUGACACACUGUAUCAGUUUUUAUAAAUAAAUUUGUACAAAAUGUCUUGUGAUGAUUUCUAAUAUAAAAAGAAAAAAAUAAAUAAAAGCAUUUUAAGGUUAA